AUGUCUCAGCAUUUGGAGCACUUCGGGAAGCAGAGACUGACCACGGAGUUCCUCGAUGGAUCAACCUUCAUUUAUAGGCAUACCUAUUCGAAUCCCGGAACACUGUUGAGAGUUGAAACCUGGGCCAGAGUGGAGACACUUGGAUCUGGCACGUUUGGCACGGUGUAUAAAGAAGUAUGCGCGGAGACGAAAACCGUUCGGGCCGUGAAAAGGAUUCACAUAAGAUUAGCCAAAUCAAAUGAGCUCGAUAUCUUGACACAGCUCCGUGCGUAUCCUGAUUACUUUGUUCAAUUGUUAGGGUGGUUCAACGAUAGCGACUAUAUCUAUUUGGCGAUGGAGUACCUUCCGGGUGAUUUAGGCGCAAUGAUGAAGGAUCACAACAUAUCCGAGAAUGAAACUAAGAUGGUGACAAAGCAAAUUUUGGCGGGUUUGGAAAUAAUGCAUGAGAGGAAUAUAUGCCACCGAGACUUGAAGCCAGGAAAUAUUCUCAUUGCUAAGUGGAUACCACUUACAGUCAAGAUUGCGGACUUCGGGGUCUCCAAAAGUCUUGAUGGUACACAAGGCCGAACCACCACAGGAACCAAGCCCUUCAUGGCACCCGAGAUUUGGGGGUUCGGACAGUCAUCGAGUAGUGCAUACACCACUGCAGUCGACCUUUGGUCCUUGGGAUGCCUGGUGUAUUAUAUGAUGACUAAACGCGUGCCUUUCCCGGAUACCAGGAACCUGAUAAACUUUGUGCAGGGUCUUGAAACGUUCCCGCCCAACUCCAGAGAGGCUUCAAACCUAUCAGUACUGGCUGUUGCUUUUAUGGCCAGUCUUCUAAGAACAAACCCACAGGACCGAUCAACAGCAUCCAAGGCCCAGCUACAUACAUGGCUUAUAAUUAAAGAUGACACGCCGACGAUCUGGACCAUGCUUCCCUCGGCACCUAGAGCUGCACCCCCUCCAAUCCACAUAUCCGGACAGAGCGCAGCCCAAGAGGUCGCUAGAUCGCCUCAUAACAUAGCGAAGCCGGUCCUAGAUUUGGUUAGUCCUGGCCCUGCCGUUUCAAACGGCUCAGCUGUAGAGCUCGCUACACCUACGCCACUCCUCGAUCCCGCGAAUGAUUCAGACCCUGAUUACAAGGGAGAGCGGGGCCUAAAGGUUCCACGGCACAGGGUUAGACGUUCGGUUUCGCCAGCCCCUGGAGUUAAAAUGAAUUACGCCUUGGUAGCUGCAGCUAAGGGUGGGAAAUGUGAGCUAAUCAAGAUACUGAUUCAGAGAGGGGCGCUUCCAAUGGGCGAAGACAGCUCCGGAGAGACACCAAUGUAUUCUGCUGCCAACAAUGGCCAUCUCCCAGCAAUCAAGAUAUUACUAGAGAACGGAGCGAAUAUCAAGGCUACCGGGAGCAGGUGCUUAUCUGCACUGCAUGGCGCGGCCGCAUGUGGAAGCUCCACCCUGGCCCAGUACCUCUUAGACGAAGGUGCCGAGGUUGACGAAAGGCAGUCCGACGGCCAUACUGCGCUACAUAUAGCCGCGUGGAACGGUCACUUGGACGUUGUGCAACUUCUCCUUCAAAGAGGUGCCAACAUUGACUCGAGGAAGGGGGACAACAAUUGGAAUGCUCUGCACAUUGCUGCUCACUGGGGGGAUGUGGAGUUGGUGGAGCUGCUGCUGGAUGAGGGCGCCGGCAUAUCAACAAGGCAAAGCGUAGCCUUCAAUGCUCUGCAUCUUGCCAUACAAGGGGGUCACCUAGAUGCAGUGAAGGUACUCUAUGAAAGAGGCGCUGAUCUAUUUGAAGUGGUUGGGGACAAUGGAUUUAACCCUCUUCAUAUCGCCUCUUGGAAUGGCCAUUCGGAUAUAGUACGGUUUUUGCUUGAUCAUGGCGCGGAUAUAUCCGCAAAGAAGGCGAAUGGAUGCAAUGCCCUACAUCAUGCAUCUGAGAGAGGUCAUCUAAAGGUCAUAAGGCUGCUUUUAUCUCGAGGUGCCCUUAUAUGGGAAACCGAUAACCGUGGUUUUACUGCUCUUUACCACGCGAUAUACCAGGGUCAUCUGAAAGCGGUGGAAUUGCUUCUAAAAUCAUGUGGAGCCGAUAUGUUCGAACAGGCUGAGAGCGAUAGAUGGACUGAAUUACAUAUUGCGGUAUGGAAAGGCCAUCUGGAAAUAGUGAACCUGCUCCUUGACAGCGGUGCCAGUAUAAGUGAGCGAAAGAAGGACAAUGGUUGGAAUGCUCUACAUAUUGCUGCCUACGAGGGGCAUCUGGAGGUUCUAGACCUAUUGUUAAAGAGGGGGGCUAUUCUAUCGGAAAAAGAUAAUUCCGGUUGGGAUGCUUUACAUUUAGCUGCAAGGCAAGGCCAUUUGGCAGUUCUAACGGCACUUCUUGAAAAGGGCGCAGAUGUGUUGGGAAAGGAUAAAGCCGGUUGGGAUGCUCUACACGUCGCUGCACAUGCUGGAGAUACAGAGACGGUAACUCUGCUGCUUGAUAAAGGAGCAGAUAUUAACCACCAGGACAACGACGGCCUUCAUGCGUUACAUCUCGCCGCUCAGGAGGGUCAUGUGGAAGUGGCAAACCUGCUUAUUUGUAGAGGGGCCAAAACAUCGGGAAAGGACGACAGAGGCUUCAAUGCUCUACACUACGCCACACAGCAAGGCCAUCUAGAAGCGGUAGGCAUGCUAUUAGAUGGUGGAGCAUACGUAUCGGAACGGGCCGGAGCUGAAGGAUGGACGGCACUAAAUAUUGCGGCGUGGAAGGGGCAUGUAGAUGUGGCUCGCCUUCUACUCGAUAGAGGUGCUGAUAUCAACGCAGCUAAAGACGAUGGUUGGAGAGCUCUACAUUUUGCUGCCCAGGAGGGCAAUGAGGAUAUGAUAGAGCUCCUACUAGAUAGAGGGGCAGAUUCAAUGGCCUUAACUGAGGACGGAUCGACAGCAAUUGACAUAGCUAUUGAAGAAGACCACCACAAUGUUCUAUUCCUGUUGCUCGAAGAGCCUGAACAGGAUCUUCGCGACAAUACCGGACUGAGUACUUGGGAUAAUGCCUACGGCCUGUAA